AUGGAGCACCUUAUCACAGAGAGUGCCUACUGGAACACUUCCGUACCCAGACCGCCGCAGUCAAACACUUCCGGAGUAGACGUGAGCCGGUCUCUCGCUCUCUGCGCCAUGCUCAUCAUGGACAUCCUGGCCGUGGUGGGGAACCUAGCAAUGAUGAUUGUCAUUUACAAAUCGCCGCAUCUGCGCAAGUUCACUUUUGUCUUCCACUUGUGCUUGGUGGACCUGCUGGCGGCGCUUGUGCUUAUGCCCCUCGGGAUGGUCCCCGAUCGCUUAUUAGCGGUGGACGACGCCCUGUGUCAAAGCUACCUCUGCUUGAACGUUUGCCUGGUCAGCGCAGCCAUCCUUACCAUCUGCGCCAUCAACGUAGAGCGAUACUACUAUGUCAUGCACCCAAUGCGUCACGAAGUGAAGAUGACAAUAGGGGUGGCGGCAAUGGUGCUGGCUGGGAUCUGGAUGAAAGCUCUCAUCAUGUCUUCGCUGCCUUUCCUGGGGUGGCUGCUCCAAGGCAACCAGGAUGUUGCCUCUAGUCCACCGCACUGCUCCCUCCAAUGGGAGGGAGGCAGGACCGCACGCCUGCUCUUCAUGGUCUUCUCUACAUUCAUCUAUUUCCUGUGUCCCAUGUUGAUCAUCCUGGUGGUCUAUUGCAACAUGUUCAAGGUGGCCCGAGUGGCAGCCACGCAUCAUGGCCCUCUCCCGACUUGGAUGGACGCGCCUCGGCAACGCGCCGAGUCUGCCAGCAGCCAGUCCGCCAGUCUUGGCGGGACGUGCUCUCGCAACACCCACCGUCGGACAUUCGGCAGUGGGAAGGUCGCGGCGAUACUAGUGGUGGUGGGAGGCCAGUUCCUCUGCUGCUGGCUGCCUUAUUUUUCGUUCCAUCUCUAUUUGGCCGCAGUUUCCACCUCUCCUGCCUCACUGGCCCAGUUGGAGACUGCGGUCACGUGGAUCGCUUAUUUCUGCUUCACCACAAACCCCUUCUUCUACGGCUACCUCAACCGGCAGAUUCGGGAGGAGAUUGACCGCUACCUGGCUGGCCUGUUCAAGUGGGCCAGAUCCAGCCAGGGGGAGCAGCUGCCCAGCCGUGAGGCUUCCAUCGAGGAGAACUUCCUGCAGUUCCUUCAGGGCACAGCGUGCAAUCUGGAGCCGUAUAACUCUCACGGUGGAGAGGAGACGGAACACGAAGGCAGACGGGAAUCAUCUGCUUUGCGGAACGUGCCAGCUGACGUCCGUAUCCCCGGGCAGAUUCUUGAAGAGACCUCUGAGUUCAUACAACGACAAAUACUGAACAAUCAGCUAAAUACGUUACAUUGA